UGCAUAGAAUAGAAGUAUAGAACUUCAGCUUCUCGAGUGUCCGCGGGGAGAGAAAUCUGCGUGUUCUUGGGCGCGAGAACGAUCUCGGAUCACAGACCUGCCAUUGUCACCAUGUUUGAUGACCAAGAUUUGGGAUUCUUUGCCAGUUUUCUUGGCAUUUUUAUAUUUGUCCUGGUAAUUGCUUACCAUUAUGUGAUGGCUGAUCCAAAAUAUGAAGGCAACUGAACACUUGUUUCUCUUGAUCUUGAACCUAAGACAGUUUUGUUAACAGGAUUAGUUUACAAGUUGAAAUAGAUUUUAUGUAGUUAAAAGAUUUCUAUUCUUCUUCAAUGCAGUAUUAUGAUAUGAUAGACCCAUUGCUUCCCUGA